AUGACGGUGACAUACACAGCCCGAGUGGCCAAUGCUCGUUUCGGGGGUUUCUCCAAGCUACUGCUGCUUUGGCGAGGGAGCAUUUACAAACUACUCUACCGAGAGGUGCUGAUCUUCCUCGGGGGGUACCUGGCACUGAGCGCCAUCUACCGCUUCAUCCUCACUGACAAUCAGAGGCCAUACUUCGAGAAGCUGGUCAUAUACUGCGACCAGUAUGCCAACCUCAUCCCUGUCUCCUUUGUCCUGGGCUUUUAUGUGACGCUGGUGGUGAAUCGAUGGUGGAGUCAAUACAGGUCGAUACCUCUGCCAGACGCCCUCAUGUGCACGAUAUCGGGCUCGGUGCAUGGGCGAGAUGAGCGGGGCCGGCUGUACCGGCGCACGCUGAUGCGCUACGCAGGCCUGUCCGCUGUUCUCAUCCUUCGAUCUGUCAGCACGGCAGUCUUCAAACGCUUUCCCACCAUGGACCACGUGGUGGAGGCUGGGUUUAUGACCCGGGAAGAAAGGAAGAAAUAUGAGAGCCUGAAUUCAUCCUACAACAAAUACUGGAUACCUUGCGUCUGGUUCACCAACCUUGCUGCCCAAGCUCGAAAAGAGGGUCGGAUCCGAGACAGCAGCUCUUUUAAGCUGCUCAUGGAGAAACUGGAUGAGUUCCGGGCCAAGUGUGGAAUGCUAUUUCAUUAUGACUGGAUUAGUGUCCCGCUCGUGUACACUCAGGUAGUGACCAUUGCAGUAUAUAGCUUCUUCCUGGCUUGCCUUAUUGGGCGCCAGUUCCUGGAUCCAACAAAGGGAUAUAAGAAUCAUAAUAUGGACCUCUGCAUUCCUAUCUUCACCCUGCUCCAAUUCUUCUUCUAUGUUGGCUGGCUCAAGGUGGCCGAGCAGCUCAUCAACCCUUUUGGGGAGGACGAUGAUGACUUUGAGACCAACUUUUUGAUUGACAGAAAUUUCCAGGUGUCAAUGCUGGCAGUGGAUGAGAUGUACGAUGACCUACCACUGCUAGAGAAGGAUUUGUACUGGGAUGCUGCAGAUGCCCGUGCCCCCUACACAGCAGCCACAGCUUUCAUGAUGCAUCAGCCCUCCUUCCAGGGCUCCACCUUUGACAUUACGUUGCCUAAAGAAGACAUGCAGUUCCAGCGACUAGAGGGCAUAGAGGGACAACUGGGGGAAGGUCCACCAGUAUCAGGAGACUUCUUGCACCGACUCCUAGUAGGCGGCUCUGGCCCAGGCGCUUCCACAAUCUUGGGCAGACGACUCUCCUUACUUCGGAGGAAGAACAGCUGUGUGUCUGAAGCUUCCACCACAGCUGGCUGUCCUUGCCCAGACUGUGGCCAAGAUGACUCGGCCACAGGUCCCCUCCUGGAAACCCCCUGUGACCCAGAGCCUGCUGCCCCUGCUGCUCUUGCAUCUUCCUCUGUGGAGCCCUCUCCCACUGUGGUGGUGGUACCCACAGCCCGAGGCCCAGCCCCUAAUCCUGCGCCAUUGCCUCCCUGGUUACCCAGCCCAAUUGGAGAAGAGGAGGAGAGCUUGGCCUGA